GGCCUGAUGAGGUGUGGAUAUUGGAUGGCCACGACAGUCGGAGAAGAGAGUACAACAGACGGUUGGCCGCUGGACUAGUUCACUGUGCCUUUUCACCUGGUUCUGAGAGAAAACGCCGGCGGUGAAUGCUCUGGAGUAAAACACACCCCGUUGCUACUGCUGCUGCUGCUGGGAUAAUCUAGAUGUGGAUUGUUAUCACGCGGAUAGUGUUCGCUGGACGCUUUUUCACUGAAGACGAACACAGUUUUGUGGUAGGCCCGUAUAUGCAGGCAUUCACCUGUGCGUUUUACAAUACGUGGUAAAUGAUGAUAUCGGGACCAAAUUAAUGGGAAAACCUACAGUGCGUCUUUAACAGUGUUUCAUGUUCGCGCAUACUUUCUAUCGUUUUUGUUGAGACAUCUGUUUUCCUUUAGAUUUCAUUUUAUACCGUAUAAAAAUGAGCGGACCAGGUACAGAAUCAGGUACGGGAACAACUCUCCGGCCCUACCUACGGAGAAAGAAAUCGUCCUUAGGGGAGACCAAAGUGGCCAUGGUUGGAAUGGACGGAGUUGGCAAAAGUGCUAUUGCUGUUCGUUUCUUAACACGGAGGUUUAUUGGAGAAUACGACCAAACUUCAGAAUCUAAAUACAAGUACACAACGGUUGUCGAUGGUGAAUCCGUCUCGUUUGAAAUACUGGACACCCGAUCUACGGACGGGGACCAUGGUGCUCGUGAUGACGUCAUACGGUGGGCGGACGGAUUUAUGUUAAUAUACUCUGUGACGAGCCGAAAGAGUUUCGACGCUCUUCACGACAUCAAACGUCGGAUAGAAGAGGGUAAGAAGGCUACCCACGUCCCCAUGGUGGUUCUAGGCAACAAAUCCGAUAUGACACACGUGCGACAGGUUACCAACGACGAAGGUGCUCGGCUGGGUGCUGAUUUUGCCUGCCCAUUUCUGGAACUCUCAGCAUCAGAGGAUGUGGUUAAAGUGGUGGAAGCCUUUCACAGUCUUUGUCGCGAAGUGGUAGAAUACAAACGCCGUUCACGGACAUUCUUGGACCGGGUGUUUGGCCUCAAGAAAUCUUGAUGACACCAUGAUACUUAAUUCCUGGACGAAGCAGAUGCAGCCUCACCAGAUGACGUGAGUAAGCGAUUCUGGGCGGAGCAACGGCAUUCGAGCUUCCGGAAAAUCGGCAUACAUGUGUGAGAACUCAGACAACUGGAGCUUUACAGUGCUUAACUGCUUCGGGCUCGGCAUUUGCUUUUUUCGGACACCGUGUCCAUCCGUCCUAAAACGUUACAUGGGUACCUUUACAUAAGUGGAAUUGCAUUCUUGUUCUAUGACCGAUUGGGUCUGUAUGACACAUUAUAUCAUUGGAAAUGCUCCUUGUCAAUGCUGGACGGCAUAUGUAAACGUUCACCACG